AUGGCUUGCAAUAGCUCUGCAGUAACAUAUGUUCCAUUGUAUGACACCCUUGGUCCUAAUGCUGUGGAGUUUAUCAUAAACCAUGCUGAAGUUUCAAUCGCAUUUGUUCAAGAAAAUAAGAUUGCAUCAAUUUUGUCAUGUCUUGGUCGGUGUUCUUCAAAUCUUAAAACUAUUGUGAGCUUUGGAAAUGUUUCAGCCGCACAAAAGAAGGAAGCUGAGGAAUUUGGCGCGUCCUGCUUCUCCUGGGAAGAGUUUCUCCAGUUGGGAAGUUUAGAUUGGGAUCUACCACUGAAAAAGAAGACUGACAUUUGCAAAAUAAUGUACACAAGUGGAACAACCGGAGAACCGAAAGGUGUCAUUAUUAAGAAUGAGGCAUUCAUGUCUGAAGUGUUGUCUAUUGAUCAAAUUAUCAUGUUAACAGACAGAGUGAUUAACAAUUUAAAUUCUGAUUACAAUUUAGUAUCAAUAUAUCAACACGAAGAAACUAAGCGGACUAUCAUAAGGCUGGAGCAGGGUGUUCACUCUUUCACGCAAAAAGCCAUGGCUUCACACGGAGCAUUGGCAAUGUUAUAUGGCUGCCACUCAAAUUACUAUAUCAAGAAACCUGAGGUACAAGAAGAAGCGCAAAAUGGACAAGUAGAAUUGGAAAAACAUGUCAUCACAAAGACAUUGACUAAGCCAUCUGAGGCAUAUUAUGAUGCCAAAAACCUCCCUCUAAAGGUUUACAGCUUGUAG